AUGUUAACCGACGCCAUAGACGUAUCAGAAAUGAAACAAGAAGAUGAUGAAGAAGAUACUGCUGAGAUAAGGAAGUGGAAACAGGCUCAAGCAGAAAGAGAGCUUCGCCGGAAGGAGCGGCUCAUGCACAAAGAGAGCAAGAAUAAAUGGAAUGAAAAACCUGGCAGCAGCACCGCUGCUAUCGACAGCGAUGACGAACAACGUCUGAGGGAAGCAGAAGGAGCCGGCUACCUCAAUGAUCCAGAAGCAAAGAAGAAAACUGGUCAAAAUUUGGAUCAUCUUCGCAAUCAGUCUAAGACUCAAAUUGAGCAAGGCAAAUAG